AUGACCACAAGAUCUUCUUUCGAUCGUGCGAGGCUGCGGCCGCCGCCUUUGCAGACCGCCUUGUCGCAAGCCACAACCGUCAAAGAUGAUCCGCCCACAUCGCCUAUACCGCAAACUGCUGGCCUCGAAACACACCAGGAAGUCGAGGAAACGAGUGUCCCGGUCAAGCAAGAAUACCAGAAGUUCGUCUUGACCGACCCCGUGGCAUUCCGAUAUUUGGAGGAAGACGCUUCGACUACAGUGCUCGACAGAAGGCGCGAGCUCUAUGGCUACGAAUGCUAUGUAGUCGAGCAAUGGACGACGUCUCGCACGCACCCCACCUUCAUCAUCACGACGUAUACCGGAGAUGCGUCGCAUCGAGUUGUCGUAGGCGUACUGAGCGUACCUACAGACGAGAGCACCUGGUCGCCAAGAUUGCGCGUCUAUUUCAAGGCACUUAACCAGUACCAUGCAAAAAGGCGUGACACUCCCCUGGGCAUUCUCAUGGUCACCAACCUUUCCGGCUUCCCUUCAUCGUUGACCGUGGUGGCCGUACCAGGAGGCGAUGUUAGGAAGCAUCGAUUCGACUUCUUCGUCAACGAGGAUUUGAAGCGCCUAGGGUGUUCUGGUCGUGCCGGUUUAGCACUGGCACAGCCAGCUGCUGCCACUGUCGCAAAGUUUCAUCAGCUGUAUAGGACGAGCGACAAGAACGAUGUCUACAAAUCAGUAAUCGAGCUGGUCAAGCUGUGCCAGAGUGCCCUGACACUCUUUGACAAGCUCGAGAUCGAUUAUGCCGAUGGACUGUUGUGCGAUGUUACAGAACGUGCCAUCAACGACUGGUGGGUGGAGACGGGGAAUGAUCACUACAACAUCGAGCCACACGACGGCAUACUCGGGCCAACAACAGUAUCUGGACUUUUGGGUCUGCUGAUGGGUGCCAGGAACAGAUUGCACUCUGUCAAUGCGCCUGUCACGAAGGAUCCAUUCGACGUGGAGUCUAUGAAGCGCGGUAUUAGCGCGUUUCAGAAGCAGCAACGACUGCCACGGACACGCAGACUGGACCGCCGGACGCUGGACAGGUUACACAAAACGACACAGAAAGCGGCCGACAAGGAACGUUGGGCAGUACCAAAGGCCGUCAAGAACACUGUCGCCGAGCUGAGUGGCAAAGGCGGAGAGAUGCUGGUCGAUGCAGUUGGUCGUCGUGACAAAGCAGGGAUUGCUGAGAUCGAGACUGUCGACAUGGAUCGCUUCGUACAGUUGGUGUACGGAGAUCGUGCCAAAUGGUUAUGGUGGGGUAAGCCUAUCAAGAAGUCGAAAGUGCCAGAAGAGGUCCAACAUGAACCAAAGCUGAACGAGAAGCUGCUGUUCAAAGAUGACGAGCAUGGUGGCUUCACAUGGGCGGCUGGGCGUAAGAGCACAGUCGAUGGUGCACCUCCAGGAAAUCGUCGCGAGCAAGAGAGAGAGUACGAGGACUUCAUUCGACCUACACACACUGAUGAAGAAGGGAGCGAUGUGGACGAGAGCGCAAAGCCAUCGCUUUUCAAGCGCGCUACUAAUCUCAAAGACGAGGCGAAGGGCGGGAUAGGGUCUGUGAGACGAGCAGUUGGCUUUGGGCACAAAAGACAGCCUUCCUCGGAACAGGUACCGACGUCACCUGUGGAACAUGCCAGACGCCCGGCGAUGUCAAGGUCGCACACCAGCCCAGUGAGCAGCCCGAACAGCCCUCAAGCUCAAAACAACAGAGAGCGUCCUGUGCCGUCUGUGAAGGAGUCUUCCAGCAGAUUGAACGCGGUAUUGGGCCGAGAACGAGCCGACACAGCUGAGUCAUAUCGAUCAACAUCGGGUACCGACGGACAAGGCGUAUCGCGAGAUAGUCUGGCACUACCGAAUGGCCACGCACGAGAUAUGAGUAUCGAAACACUGGACCAACAAGGCGGGACCGAUACUUCGAGGACCGACACGGCUACAGCAUCCAUCGCGGGUUCGAUCUACAAUGGCGUUGAUCUGGGCGAGCGCUUACCUUCUGGGCCAGAGACUGGAAUCGACAUCAGCAAUCUGCUGAAGCGAACGGUAUCUUACAAUCAAUAUGUGGAUAUCAAGCUCCAGCCACACUCUGAUCACGCAUUCCCGCGCCAUCUGAGCUUUAGUCUGGCUGAAGAGAGUGUUCUACAGUGGUCACACCUCACCGACGACAGCCCUGAUCCAUUCUUCGACGAACCUGCUGCACAGCUUGCCGCAGAAGAGCUAACAGCCAGACAAGCCAAACAGCUGCGGUCCAUCCUUAAGACGCUAGAGUCCCAGACUGGUACCUGGACAUCGAAAGAGAUCAUCCAGCUACGUGACAUCCUGGAACAAUGUGACCUGGACCAGGACAAGCUGAACUCCAUGCACAACCCGCACCUACAGUCCGUGCGUGAAAUUCAGGUACAUUCAGAAGCUAUUCUGCGUGAAGAAAGAGAGCGCCUCGAAGAAGGCGUCAAGGAAAUAGAGACGCUCGCGGCAAAGCUGGAGUAUGAGAUUAAUGGGCUUAAAGGGCGGGUCGAAGACGUACAGGCUGGAGUUAUGGAGUAUGAGAAAGGCGUUGCGAGGGUAGAGGAAAGGGUGCAGGAGCUGGAAAAGGAAGGCGAGAAGGAAGCGUGGAGUUGUGUUGUGCAGUGA